UGAUGGCGAUGCCGGGGCCGGGCUGCAGUCCCGGGGGGGAGGCUGACACCUUGCUCCCGGAGCUGAGGGCUGCAUGCAGGGCUCUGAGAGCAGCGAGCAGCCCCGAGCAGCAGCGCCUGUGUCUGCGGGACCUGCAGCUCCUGGUGCAGGGAGCCUGGGCGGUACCAGCCCGGGGCAGGGAGCUCGCCACCGGCCUCUGUGAGCAGAUCCGCCUCGGCUCCUUGCUCCCGCUGCUCCUGGAGCUGAGCCGGCCACAGCAUCCCCUCAACCGGUACCCAGCAGCAUCCCUCCUGGAACAGGUGCUCACCCCGGGCAACAGGGACUGGGUCGCUCGCUCUGGCCUGGGUGUGAUUCUGGAUUUGGCCAGUGACCGUGAAGAUGUCCAGCUGGCGAGGCCGGUCUCCGGGAUCCUGCAGCACAUGUUCAAACACACCGAGGGUACCUCCCACCUGCUGAUCACCAAUGGGGGCCUAGACUACAUCCUGUACUGGUGCCGCAGUCAGGAUCCCAGUAUCCUACAGCACUGCGCCAUCGCCCUCGCCAACUGUGCCAUGUACGGCGGGCCAACCAAUCAGAGGCUGAUGAUUGAGAAGAAGGCCGCUGAUUGGCUGUUCCCAUUGGCCUUCUCUCAGGAUGAGCUGGUGCAGUUUCAUGCCUGCCUGGCCAUCACUGCUCUAGCAACCAACAAGGAGCUGGAGAAGGAAGUGGAGAGCUCAGGGACCCUAGACCUGGUGGAGCCCUUCAUUGCCUCCCUUCACCCUGAGGAGUUUGCCCACGAAUGGCUGCAGAGCAGGGACAACGCCCAAGGUCGCAACGCCAAUGACCUCCAGCGAUUGGUGCAACUUCUGGAUAGCUCCAGGGUGGAGGCCCAGUGUGUGGCCACUUUCUAUCUGUGUGUGGAGGCUGACAUUAAACAGCAGCAGAAACAGACCCAGACAUUCCAUGAAAUUGGAGCCACAUCAAGUCUGAAGAGAUUGGUCAGUUACUCCAGCAAUACCACAGUCUCCAGACUGGCCAAGAGAGCACUGGAGCUGAUGGGGGAGGAGGUCUCCUGGACAUUGUCUCUCAAUGUCCCAAACUGGAAAGCUGCUGCUGUUCACACCUGGCUGCAGCAGAUUGGAUUCAGCGUUCACGGAGAGAGAUUCCUGGAUCUACAGGUUGAUGGGGAUCUGCUGCUCCUGAUUACGGAUUCGGAAUUACAGGAAGAUGUUGGAAUAUCAUCCAGUAUAACCCGCAGAAGGUUUCUUCGGGAAUUGAGGGAAUUGAAGACUUAUGCUAACUACUCGAGCUGUGACCGGAGUAACCUCGCGGAUUGGCUGGGGAGUAUUGACCUUGGCUAUCGGCAGUAUACCUAUAAUCUGGUGCAUUGUGGGAUUGAGAGGGCCACUUUACACGGAGUGACAGACAGACAACUCGAGAUGGAUUGUCGCAUUGAGACAGGAUUCCAUCGAUCCAGGAUUCUUGCUGCAGCACAGGAGUUGGUGCCUCCCUGUGUGAGCGAGGUCUCUCAGCAGCCCCCUUCUGAAGACCCUGAUGUCUUUAUCAGUUACCGACGGACGACAGGUUCCCAGCUGGCCAGUCUGCUGAAGGUCCACUUGCAGCAUCGAGGCUUCAGUGUGUUUAUUGAUGUGGAGAAGCUUGAGGCCGGCAGGUUUGAGGAUAAACUCUGUCAGAGUGUGACCAGGGCCAGAAACUUCAUUCUAGUGCUUUCAGCCAAUUGUCUGGACAAGUGUGUGGGAGACACCGAGCAGAGAGACUGGGUGCACAGGGAAAUCGUCAUGGCGAUGACCUCGAAGAAGAACAUUGUACCAGUGGCUGAUAAUUUCACUUGGCCUGAUCCCGACUCCCUGCCUGAGGAUAUGAGGGCCAUUCUCAAGUUCAACAGCAUCAUGUGGUCUCACGAAUACCAGGAUGCCAGUAUUGAGAAGAUUUUACGCUUCCUUCAUGCUCCUUUCCAGAAAACGUGCCCAGCCGUUCCGGCAGACGCUGGCUUGAAGGCAGUUGGGACCCACCACGGCUAGCCGCAGCUUGUGCCUGAGCCUACCCUCUGCCCACCAGUGAUGAUCAGGACAGCUCUCAGUCUCCUACUCCACAACCCGACCCUCUCCUCCCCACACCGUUGAUGGCGAGUGCUGUGUGUGUCAAGAGCAGCCAAAGACAACAGCAGCCACGCGUGUGUAAUCAGGUGCCAGUGGCUGGCAUUCGUGUGAUGUCUGAGAGGCAACUCCCUCUGUCUCUGUCUUAGACUGGGUCUUCAGUGUUUCUCAGGGAGUUGGAAUCAGGAAAUGAGGGGGUAGGUUCCUGAGUGGUUUUCCUUUGUUUAUGCUGACAAAGCAGUGAGGGGGAGGGAGGGAGGGGAGAUUUCUCAGCAACGCAUUAGACCUCUGUCACUCCGGCAGUGGGUGUUACUGGUUCUAGUGAGGGAACUGGUGAACCCUCUACUGGUGAGCCCAGUGCACCCCUGCACACAUACCUGCCACGAGCAGAUACCUCAGGGGGCAAUGAGGGUAGCCAAGGGGCAUCUGCUUUGACCUGGCAAAUCUGUAGAACCCAUCGAGAACACCCUGACCCUCCGAAGAGCAUCCCACCCAAACCAACCCCCUACCCCAUCUCUGUAACCCUGCACUCCCCAUGGCCAAUCCACCCUGACCUGCACAUCUUUGUGAUUGUGGGAGGAAACCGGGAGCAUCCAGAGGAAACCCACGCAGACACGGGGAGAAUAUGCAAACUCCACACAGACAGUCGCCCAAGGCUGGAAUCAAACCCGGGUCCCUGGCGCUGGGAGGCAGCGGUGCUAACCACUGAGCCACUGUAAUGCACACUCAGGGUCACUCUCACAGCUCAUGUUCCAAAUAAGCACCCUAACACCCUACAAGUUCAGGUCCCCACACAGAGCCCCCCAGUCAGAGUGCCCCUCUGCUCCCCCUGACACCACAAUCUCCCCCCCCCCCCACUCCCACCACCAGUCCCUGUCGUCUGCCCUCUCCCAGUCUCCCUGCCACAGACAGGGUCCUGUUCCCUGCCAUUCAUUCCCGGGAGUCCCUCCCUCCACCUGGUCACGUGAAUCUAACCAGGGAUAAGGCAAUUUUGAAACUCAACCUUAAUGAAACAGAGUUAGUUCAUCAUCUCAUAAUGAGGGAUCCCCUGGGGAAGAGUGAUCAUAAAAUGGUAAAAUCUUAAAUUCUGGUGGAUAGUGAGAUACUUCAUUUGAAGGGAAAGUAUUAAAUCUAAUUACAGCCAUUUAUGAAUGAGCUAAAGUGGACGGGGUAUUAGAUUUAAAAUGUGACCAUCAGUGAACGAUUUAAUUAUUCUCUAUUACUCAACAUUUGCUAAAGAAAAACACAUAUUUUAUUGAAGUUUUAAAUCUAGGACAAUUCACAAGAAAUACCAAUGUAAAGGGGAACAACGUGUUCACACGAGAAGAGAGCUGUUUGGUUGGUUGGUGGGCUAUGAUUGGUUGGCGGGCUAUGGUUGGUUGGUGGGCUCUGAUUGGUUAGUGGGGUAUGGUUGGUUGGUGGGCUAUGACUGGUUAGUGGGCUAUGAUUGGUUGGUGGGCUAUAGUUGGUUGGUGGGCUAUAGUUGGUGGGCUAUGAUUGGUUGGUGGGCUAUGAUUGGUUGGUGGGCUAUGAUUGGUGGUGGGCUAUGAUUGGUGGGCUACGAUUGGUUGGUAGGCUAUGAUUGGUUGGUGGGCUAUGAUUGGUGGGCUAUGAUUGGUUAGUGCAUUAUGGUUGGUUGGUAGGCUAUGAUUGGUUGGUGGGUUAUGAUUAGUUGGUGGGCUAUGAUUGGUUGGUGGGCUAUGAUUGGUUGGUGAGCUAUGAUUGGUUGGUGAGCUAUAGUUGGUUGGUGAGCUAUGAUUGGUUGGUGGGCUAUAGUUGGUUUGUGGGCUAUGAUUGGUUGGUGAACUAUGAUUGGUUGGGGGUUAUGGUUGGUUGGUGGGUUAUGGUUGGUUGGUGGGCUAUGAUUGGUUGGUGGGCUAUAGUUGGUUGGUGGGCUAUGAUUGGUUGGUGGGCUUUGGUUGGUGGGCUAUGAUUGGUGGGCUAUGAUUGGUCAGUGCACUAUGGUUGGUUGGUAGGCUGUGAUUGGUUGGUGGGCUAUGAUUGGUUAGUGCACUAUGGUUGGUUGGUGGGCUAUGAUUGGUUGAUGGGGUAUGAUUGGUGGGUGGGGUAUGAUUGGUUGGUGGGCUAUGAUUGGUUGGUGGGCUAUGAUUGGUUGGUGGGUUAUGAUUGGUUAGUGCACUAUGAUUGGUUGGUGGGCGAUGAUUGGUUAGUGCACUAUGAUUGGUUAGUGGGCUAUGAUUGGUUAGUGCACUAUGGUUGGUUGGUGGGUUAUGAUUGGUUAGUGCACUAUGAUUGUUUGGUGGGCGAUGAUUGGUUAGUGCACUAUGAUUGGUUGGUGGGCUAUGAUUGGUGGGUUAUGAUUGGUUAGUGCACUAUGGUUGGUUGGUAGGCUGUGAUUGGUUGGUUGGCUAUGAUUGGUUAGUGCACUAUGGUUGGUGGGCUAUGAUUGAUUGGUUAGUGCACUAUGGUUGGUUGAUGGGCUAUGAUUGGUUGAUGGGGUAUGAUUGGUUGGUGCGCUAUGAUUGGUUAGUGCACUAUGAUUGGUGGGUGGGGUAUGAUUGGUUGGUGGGCUAUGAUUGGUUGGUGGGCUAUGAUUGGUUGGUGGGUUAUGAUUGGUUAGUGCACUAUGAUUGGUUGGUGGGCGAUGAUUGGUUAGUGCACUAUGAUUGGUUAGUGGGCUAUGAUUGGUUAGUGCACUAUGGUUGGUUGGUGGGUUAUGAUUGGUUAGUGCACUAUGAUUGUUUGGUGGGCGAUGAUUGGUUAGUGCACUAUGAUUGGUUGGUGGGCUAUGAUUGGUGGGUUAUGAUUGGUUAGUGCACUAUGGUUGGUUGGUAGGCUGUGAUUGGUUGGUUGGCUAUGAUUGGUUAGUGCACUAUGGUUGGUUGGUGGGCUAUGAUUGGUUGAUGGGGUAUGAUUAGUUGGUGCGCUAUGAUUGGUUGGUGGACUAUGAUUGGUUGAUGGGGUAUGAUUGGUUGGUGCGCUAUGAUUGGUUAGUGCACUAUGGUUGGUUGGGCUAUGGUUGGUUGAUGGGGUAUGAUUGGUUGGUGCGCUAUGAUUGGUUGGUGGGCUAUGAUUGGUUAGUGCACUAUGGUUGGUUGGUGGGCUAUGAUUGUUUGGUGGGCUAUGAUUGGUUAGUACACUCUGGUUGGUUGGUGGGUUAUGAUUGGUUGGUGGUCUAUGAUUGGUUGGUGGGCUACGAUCAGUUAGUGCACUAUGGUUGGUUGGUGGGCUAUGGUUGGUUGGUGGGCUAUGAUUGGUUAGUGCACUAUGGUUGGAUGGUGGACUAUGAUUGGUUGAUGGGGUAUGAUUGGUUGGUGUGCUAUGAUUGGUUAGUGCACUAUGGUUGGUUGGUGGCCUAUAGUUGGUUGGUGGGCUAUGAUUGGUUGGUCAGCUAUGAUUGGUAGAGGUGUUUCCAUGGAGAAUGCCUGAGGACAGCUUGGCAGUUAACUGUCAAUCAGAAAACUCCAUCUCUCAGGUUCUUCGUUUUCUGCUUAUCCUUCAUAAGGACUUGCUCUGUCCCUCCCAUUCUCUUUCAUCUCUUGUAUCUGCAUGUUGGUUCCGGGUCUGUUGCUGGUUAUCCUAUCCCCCUGGUGAGCUCAGUCAAUGUGUUAAAGGACUUUAUGCACGUUUACCCAACACUGCUACUUUCUCAGGUUAUAAGCUGAGGUAGAUUUGCUGUCCUGAUUGAUCCCCCCCCACCCGCCCCCUUCCUGUGCCUUUAUUAACUCUCUGGGAAUACAUUUAACUUGCCAGAAAUGGUGUGAGUACAGAUCAGAUUCUGAUCCCAGCCUGAAUUUACUCCAAAUGCCUUCAACCUCUCUUUCGUAUCAGGGGCAUUAUGCUGAAAUAAUCAACCUCCUAUUGUAUUGCAGGGCCUGCUGACCUAUCAAUAAUGUAAUUUACGUGGAACAAAGUCAAUCCACAGUUGACUGUAUUAAGCAAACUCUUUAAUAAAGUGUAGACA